CUGGCGUGGACCUGCUGCCAUAGCUCAGCUCUGCUCAACCAGACCACACCCAGACCACACCACGCUCACCCCCGAACCAGCUCUUCAGCUAUCCAGCCAGAGCCUGCUAUUCUCCAUCUCGGCCAGCUGCGGCCGCUGGAGCUGAUGCAGCAUGGCCGAUAUGUGUCGCAAGAUCUUCUCGUGUUGCGGCGGCCGAUCGAAAGUCGACUACGACAACGUUCUCGCCGACUCGGAACGAGAUGCAGUCGCCGACCUGCUCAGCUACCUCGAGAACAGAGCUGAGACCGAUUUCUUCACGGGCGAACCUCUCAAAGCCCUCUCCACCCUCGUCUACAGCCAAAACAUCGACCUGCAGCGGAGUGCCAGUUUGACGUUUGCCGAAAUCACUGAAAGAGAUGUGCGGCCCGUGGACAGAUCGACUCUCGAGCCCAUUCUCUUCCUCCUCGAAAGCCCUGACAUCGAGGUGCAACGCGCCGCCUCGGCUGCACUGGGUAACUUGGCUGUAGAUGGCCAGAACAAGACGUUGAUCGUCUCGCUAGGUGGCCUGACCCCACUGAUACGACAGAUGAACAGUCCCAAUGUGGAAGUGCAAUGCAAUGCAGUCGGCUGCAUAACAAACCUGGCUACACAUGAGGAGAACAAGGCGCGCAUAGCGCGGUCUGGUGCCCUCGCACCCCUCACACGGCUGGCAAAGAGCAAAGACAUGCGCGUGCAACGCAAUGCGACAGGCGCUCUGCUCAACAUGACCCAUUCCGACGACAAUCGACAACAGCUGGUUUCGGCAGGUGCGAUCCCCGUCCUCGUCAGCUUGCUGAGCAGCACGGAUACCGAUGUCCAGUACUACUGCACCACAGCGCUCAGCAACAUCGCCGUGGACAGCACCAACCGCAAACGACUUGCGCAGACUGAGACGAAACUGGUGCAGAGCUUGGUGCAUCUGAUGAAAGGUCAGGCGCCAAAAGUACAGUGUCAGGCAGCGCUUGCUCUCAGGAAUCUGGCCAGUGAUGAAAAGUAUCAAUUGGAGAUCGUACGAGCCGGGGGACUACCACCAUUACUUGGAUUGCUACAAAGCAGUUAUCUACCCUUGAUUCUAUCAGCAGUGGCAUGCAUACGAAACAUCAGCAUUCACCCCAUGAAUGAAUCGCCCAUCAUCGACGCCGGCUUCCUGAAGCCACUGGUCGACCUACUUGGCUCCACUGACAACGAAGAGAUUCAAUGCCAUGCCAUCUCCACAUUACGGAAUCUGGCAGCCUCUUCGGAUCGUAACAAGCAACUCGUACUACAGGCUGGCGCUGUGCAGAAAUGCAAAGAGCUGGUCCUGGAGGUACCCUUGAGCGUGCAAUCUGAGAUGACUGCUGCGAUUGCCGUGCUGGCACUUUCCGAUGAUUUGAAGCCGCAGCUCUUGGAUCUUGGGGUGUUUGACGUGCUCAUUCCGCUGACAGAGAGCGAGAGUAUCGAGGUUCAAGGGAACAGCGCAGCCGCUUUAGGCAACCUGAGCAGCAAAGUGGGUGACUACUCUUUAUUCCUCUCCUCGUGGAAAGAGCCGCAGGGUGGCAUUCACGGCUACCUGAACCGAUUCCUGGCGUCCGGCGACCCCACCUUCCAGCACAUUGCUAUUUGGACCCUGCUCCAACUACUGGAAUCUGGUGAUCAAAAGCUGACCGACGUGAUUGCGAAAUCGGAGGAUGUCAUGAGCAUGGUUCGCGAGAUUAGUGAAAAGCAAGUCGAAUCUGAAGACGAAGGUGAAGGUAGCGAAGAUGGCGAGGGCGAAGUGGUGGCACUCGCGCGACGAUGUCUCGAAAUCAGCAAUGGCGAUGUUGUACCCGGCAGCAAAACCGACAGUCAACCAUCAUCUUAUAAUGCGUGACCGGACAGGAGCAUUUCGAUGAUAUCGUGGGCGUCGGAGGGCUCUAUCGUGGCCGGAUCCGGCUGUUGAGUGUGCAUUUCAGUGUAUUGUGUUGUUUGAGCCAGCAAGCGAGCGAGUCAGAAGUGGUGUUGUUUUGAAUAUCGCACUACCAGCAUCAGGUGGCGGCGUUGGUUUGUUUGCAACAUGAUGGCAGCAUGUGCGCUGCCCUGUAUCUCUGGAGUGGUGGUACGGUUUGUUAAGACAGACAUGAACACGGAAUAGGUGCGUAAUAUCGGAUGGAUGGGGUCUUGGAUGGGGACCUCUCACAUCAUGCACGUGGGAAUGGGAAGAGAUGAUCCUCUCUUGCUAUGCUUUCUUAGCAUUUUGCAUAUCUAGCAUGGACUAGAAUUCAAACAUGGUUGAUGUAUGCAAGUGUCUCUCUCUCAGUCGACUACUGCUCG